UGCAUUUAAAUGCUGAUUUUUUGCCUAAUAGUUAACCAUAAGACUUCUCGUUACAUUUAUAAGCUGGUUUAAUGUAAAAGAUUAGAAACCUUAUGUAAAAAAUGUGUAUGUAUAGUACAAAAGAAAGCUGUAUUAUUAAUGCCUGGUGGAGGAAACUUGGGCCCGUUAAUCCGACAUGAAGCUAAACCGAUAUUGUUCCUUCUACUACAGACAGCGGUCGCUGCACGGACACUGUUGACAUGGAUGACUCUCUACCGCCAAUGUUUAUGUACUAAAUCGGAUAGAAUUGUUGUUUAUUCACUUCGUGUGCAACAUUUUGGUGCGGUUUUGCUUCGAAUAUUCAUAAACCUCCAUUUCUAAGUAGCCAAAAAAAAUCCAAAUAUUACGAAUGUAACGCGUGGUAAUAUUUAUAAACUAGGCCUUGCGGCGCCUCGGUUUUUCCCACGGAAUUCAAUCCGGAAUGAAGCUCCUGGGCCUCGGACAGCAGUGACACUCCACACCCGGUGCUAAAUAGUGGUGUGUACCAGAUUCUGAGAACUGUGAAGGAAACCCAGCUUUGUUAUCCGCCUUCAUUUGUCUAACACAUUGCAGUGUGUCUGACUCAGUAGAGAACGACAGAGUGAAGUGGAACUGGAUCCACUGAAGUUCCACCUCUGAAAACAUCAUAUUUAAGGCCUCUAGUGCUGAAAUAGUCUGUCCACAUUUUCAUCAUGGCCUCCGUUCCAGUUUAUUGUUUGUGUCGGCUUCCUUACGAUGUCACACGCUUCAUGAUUGAGUGUGAUGUUUGUCAGGACUGGUUUCAUGGAAGCUGUGUUGGAGUGGAAGAAGACAAAGCAGCAGACAUUGACCUGUACCACUGCCCUAACUGUCAAGUGACACAUGGACCCUCUGUCAUGCGUAAGCGGCGUGGGGGUUCUAAGCAGACAGAAGGUUCGGGAAGCAGGAGGGAAUCAGGGCGACCUGUGAAGACCGGGAGUGCUCAGUUUGUUCGUGAGUUGCGCAGUCGCACUUUUCCCAGUGCUGAUGAGGUCCUUCUGAAGCCGACAGGGGCCCAGCUCACGGUGGACUUUCUGGAGGAGCGCUCCUUCAGUGUUCCAGUGCUAGUCUUGAGGCGGGAUGGGUUAGGGAUGAGCCUGCCUCCUCCAUCAUUCUCUGUUUCCGAUGUUGAGCACUUCAUUGGAAGCGAUAAAGAAAUUGAUGUGAUUGACGUGAUGCGACAGGCAGACCUGAAGAUGAAACUUGGGGAUUUUGCCGAGUACUAUAAUAGCCCCAACCGCGACAGAGUGCUCAAUGUGAUAAGCCUGGAGUUUUCAGACACCAGAUUGUCUAACCUUGUCGAGACCCCAAAGAUUGUGAGAAAACUAUCAUGGGUCGAAAAUCUCUGGCCUGAAGAGUCUGUGUUUGAGAGGCCAAAUGUGCAGAAAUACUGUCUGAUGGGGGUGAAGGACAGCUACACUGACUUCCACAUUGAUUUUGGAGGAACUUCAGUGUGGUACCAUGUACUACGGGGUGAGAAGAUUUUCUAUCUGAUCCGUCCAACUCCUGCUAACCUGGCACUGUUUGAGCGCUGGAGCUCCUCUUCAAAUCAGAACGAGCUCUUCUUUGGGGACCAAGUGGACAUGUGCUACAAGUGCUCACUCAAGCAAGGAAACACACUGUUUAUUCCAACCGGAUGGAUCCAUGCAGUUCUUACUCCAGUUGACUGCCUGGCAUUUGGUGGAAAUUUUCUUCACAGCCUCAACAUCGACAUGCAGCUUCGAGCAUAUGAAAUAGAGAAGAGACUCAGCACAGCAGACUUGUUUAAGUUUCCUAACUUUGAAACUGUGUGCUGGUAUGUUGGCAAGCACAUCCUUGACACUUUUAGAGGCCUGAGGGAAAAUCGACGGCAUCCUGCUUCUUACCUGGUCAAUGGAGCCAAGGCUCUCAAUAAUGCCUUCCGAAGUUGGACUCGCAAAGAGUCAUUGACAGAGCAUGAAGACGAGAUUCCAGAAACCAUCAAUACCCAACAGCUGGUGAAGGAUCUGGCUAAAGAGAUACGACUUGUAGAGGACAUCUUUCAGCAGAAUAUAAACAGAAGCGGGGCUUCAUUCGGUGGCCCACAGGCCCUUCCUCCUGCUCACCCAAAACCUCCAUUAACCACUCCUCUCAACCCUGGCAGACCUCCAGGUAAAAAAAGGGGCCCUAAACCCAAGGAAGCACCCAGUGGUGGGGGCAUAGGACCUCCAGGGGUCAAGAAAAAAGGCCAGAAAGCGAAGGAACCGAAGAUGGAGGCAGGAGAGCUGGAUUUGCUGGAGAUUCAUACUAAACACACCCUGAAGAAAUUUCAACCCGGAAAUAAGUCCAGAAAUAAGAGCAAGAUGGACAUGCCAGGAGGCUGUGUAGCAGACUUUGAAGGGAAAAUAAAUAAGAGCAAGCUUAAACUUGUUCUCACCAAUGGCAAGAUCCAAGGGAAAAAGGGGGGCUGCUCUGGCAGCACUAAUGGAGCAGGGCGCACUGCUCAGUUCCAGCCACUAACAAGCAGCUCAGCACUUUCAUCAGACUUUGAUUCUGAAGACGAGCUUCAAAUAGAUGAAAGUCCUCCUCCUCGCCGCAGGCCAAUUGUACCCAGCAAAAAGAAACUGGCUGGUCUUCCCAGGAAACUACCACGAGCAAAACCAUGCUCAGACCCACACCGCAUCAGAGAGCCUGGGGAGGUGGAUUUUGAUAUCGAGGAGGAUUACACCACAGAUGAAGAGAUGCUCACUGUGCAGGGAUUAAAGGCAGGAGCAGGGGGAAUCUUGGACUUGCUUAAGGCUAGCAAACAGGUAGCUGGCUUGGACCAUGCUGUCAGUGAGGAAGCUCCAGCCUCUCCCAGUACCCGUGAUGCCAUCCAGGGCAUGCUAUCCAUGGCCAAUCCCCCUUCUUCAUCUUCGUCUUCAUCCUCUUCUUCUUCCUCCCCCUCGUCGUCUCCUUUGUCUUCGUCUGGACGGCGUGAAAGGUUGGGGACAAUAAAGGAAAAAGCCAGGAGGGCUAUCUGGGUUGGUGGUGCCGAGAAGAAGAGUGAGAAGAAGAACAUCAUCCAGAGGCCAGGCAAGCGGCCCAUCAAACGGCCUGCCAGGCACCUCAGUGACGACGACAGUCCUGAUGAGCAGGAGACGCUGGGAACCUGUUUUAAAGACUCUGAUUAUGUGUACCCUUCAUUAGAGUCAGAUGAGGAAGAACACACACUCAAGUCCAAAAUGAAGAGAAAGAGAAACUGGGAUGAUACACCAUGGAGUCCUAAAGCUCGCGUGACUCCUACGCUACCCAAGCAGGAGCGGCCGGUCAGGGAGGGAGCCCGAGUCGCAUCUGUCGAGACUGGGCUUGCUGCUGCUGCUGCCAAGCUGGCACAACAGGAGCAACAGAAGACUACAACAAAGAGAAAAUACACAAAAAAGAAGAUUCCUCAAGAGAAAGGGCAUUCGGUCGCAUCCCAUCUCCAAAUACAGCCAGACUCGAUGUCACCACCUCUGCCACCUGAGCCCCUGGUGGAGUGCAUCACAGAGGAGAGAAGAGGAGAGACGUACUCAGCCAGCCUGCUGGACCAUGAAUACACAGCAGGCCCGGGCCCAUUUGGCCCAGGUGGACCCAGAGGGAGUGCUGCUAUGGCUCCAGGGGUUUUCCUCACCACAAGACGACCCUCUCUCUCUCCACAGAACAGCAGCAGCUAUUCCCCCUCUGCACCCUCACCUGCUGGCAUGGCAAGUCCUGGGUCUGCUGGAAUAGGACAAGGGAAACGCCCAAAGAAAGGACUUGCCACAGCUAAACAGAGACUGGGAAAGAUUUUGAAAAUACACCGCAAUGGCAAACUUCUUCUGUAGAGAUCGAUGGGAAAGGUGAGAUGUGGUGGUGAUCUCAGGAGAGGAUGGAGGGUGAAGGGACAAGCAUGGAGGAAAAGUGAAAAGAAAAAAAAAUGCUGAAGGAUAAUAUUGUUGGUGAACAAAGAACAGACCUUUUUUUAAUGUUAUAAUUGUGACCUGUUUCAUGUAAAAUAUUCUUUUCAACAUUUGUAAGCUCAAUACCUCUUUAGCGUUUUGCAUUUUUAUUACUCUUUUAUUUAACACAUUAGCCUUUGUUUGUCAACAUUUAAUGAGUUAUUACAAAUAUUCAUUCUGAAAGAAAAGUAGAAGCUCCUCAGCACUUCAGGGGUUAAUGCGUAGUCUUUUUUGCUGUAAUAUGGAUUACUUUUGGGAUACAUAAUUGCUAUGUAAAAUGAUUGAAUCGGUUCCAGUUAGGCCCCUGCACUUGCAGUUUAUUGUGCAAGGUUCCAUUUUACAGUGAACUGUACAGCUGAGCUAAAUGAAUGUAUAUGAGCUGAGCUAUGUGAGUCAAAGUACAGUGAUUUUAAAAGGAAGUGCUGCAUUUUCCAUGUAAUGAGUCAAGUAAAGUGAUCUCAUAAAGCAGGAUUAACUACUAUUUUUACACGUGAUACAACUAACCAUUCCAAAAUUUCUCAGUUCAGUCAUUCACUACCACACUGGAUCUGUACUGUAGUUAGAAAUAUAAAGAACCCUACAGUAGUAAUGAAUCCUAAAACUACAUUUGGGCUGUGGAUUAGUGUAACUUUUUAUCUGCAAAAGCCAGUAAGACUGCAGCUUUUUAAUUCCAGCCAAAUAAGUGACACAUUAAUAGUCAUUUGAAGUCUACAAUUGAUUAAAUAAGUACAAUUGACUAUUUGCAGAUAAGAUUUGAGCAGGACCUCUAACAUUUUCUGUUAAAAUUGUAAAGCAAAGAAACCAGUAGAACUGAAUUCCAUUCUGAUCUGCCCGUGAAGGGCAAUAUUUAAAAAUACAAUAAAAUAAAAGAGAAAAUAAAUAACUCCUGUAUAUUUCUGUGUUUGCCUUGAGCAAAGAUGUUUGUUGUUAAUAUGCUGUGGAGACUAACCGACAGAUACAAUCGUUCUGGGAUAACUUUAAAACCACAAGCAGAAGUAUCAAAGAGUUUAUCACUUACCAGUGGUCUUUUGUUUUUACUGUAUAUUAUCCUUCUGUUUUGGCCUCAUUCAUGAACACGUGUUAUCAUUGGACAUUUUAGUGGGGUUUGUUAGUAAAGCUCAAUAAUGACUAGACUCGUACAAAAGCCUUCGCAAAUCCUUUCUUGUGGAUUAUAAACAUUAGUCUAAGUUUAUUUUGUUACGCUUGUUUAAAUUUUUUCCCCCCCAUUGUUGGUGUACGAUACAUCAUCGGACAGUAACAUGCAUUUUUAGCUUUUUGUUUACAGUUCCGGGUUCAAAAUCUGUUGUCUUUUGCUAAAGUAGACAGGAUGGUAAUUGAGGGAUAAGUGAUCUUGUCAUGUUUUGACAUCUUGAUUAUCCAAACAAAAUAUUUCACUGUGAAUGUUUUUCUCCAGCACGAGAAUCCUUCACGGAGGUGUCGGUGCACAUAACGUGUAUAGAUAAAGUGAUAGUAGUAUUAAAUUGUGUCACUUGGUAGCAACUUAUUUACCAUGAUUUUAUAAUGAACAGGAAGUCAUUCUACCUUCAGCACAUUGUAUGCUUUAGUUCAAGUACUUCUUUCUCACUGCUUGCUUCCUUGGAUUGUUUUAACAUAGUCAUGUAAUGCGUUUCUACUGAUCAUGUAUGACAGCUUUGUAAAUAUAUCUAUUUUUUAGUCACCCAGCACAGACUGUAGGAUGUCUUGAUGAUGAUGUCUUGUUCUUAGUUUCACUUGUUUGCAUUCAUGUAUUUAAGUGUAGUGUCUACUGGCUGAUUUCAACAGGAGUGUGAUACAUUCUAGUAAAAUGGUAAUGCAUCUAAAUACUGAAUUAGGCUAGGUGUGAUGAAGGCUUGAGGCUUAGUGUACAUAAUCCAUGUAAUUUUGUUAUAGUUACAAUGAAAGGUUUGUUGCAUUUAAAUCUUUCUUAACAUAUCUUGUAUAAAGAUACCUAAAUGUCUUGAGGGGGGGUUAGGGUGUGAGAUAGUUUAACUGCAUCUGUUUAGCCAUUUUUUUUAUUUGUAUAGGGUAAAUAUAUUAUUAGUUUUGGUUUGUUUUAUGACAUUGGAAGGUGAUAAUGAAGUUAAUGUAUUCAUAAUUUUGCCAGUUUGUUUUCAUUUCCCGUUCUCUCCAUUACAAAUAUAAACUCCUAAGGCUGUAAUUUUUUUUUUAUAUAUUCAGCCUAGAUGAUUUAAAUAGAAAUGAUUCUUACUUAAAUCUGAGAAUGAGUAAUUAUCGAUAAUUGGCGAAUAUGGCUAUAAAAUAAUACAUAAAGGAUAAAGGCCUUGAAUUGAAUUACAAUAUUAGAUGUAAAAAUUGUAAGUGAUGAAUGUUUAAUGAAUCAAAGUUAUUAUUCAAAAGGACUGAACUUAAAGGAAUGAAAAGAAAAUGGGUGAGCAGCCCAGUGAAUCUGAGAAAUAUGCUUUGUUGCAUUUGUUUCCUGUUUUAUUUUAAUGUAAAUUCUAUUUUCCAUUUGUAUUUUAGUUUAUUGCUUUCUUUAUAAUCUGUGUCACCUUUCCCCAUUUUCUUUCUGUGUCUGUCUUGAGGAAAAAACACUGUUUCUCUCAGGGUUCAUUUUCUAUUUCUAACAUUACUUGGAAUACAUAAAAAAAAACUGUUAAAACAAAAACAGUGUCAGAUACGCAGUCACCACUUUAAAGCAGACUCAAGAAUCCACUGCACAUUAUUGCUAAUUAGACACAUUGACCUUGUCCUUGCCAGCUGUUGUAUAUUAUGAUCUGGUUUUUUUUGGAAGGCUGAUUUUUUUCCAAAUGAGCUCAAUUAAAGAAUAUUUUUUAAAGUUC